AUGGACCCACCUCCACAGGCGGAAUGCCUCGUCGCAGCUGGACUUUCAGACCAGCUCCUCUUUCCCACUGACUCUGAGUAUGUAACCCGGAAUGAAUCCUAUUUCGACAACGGCUCGAAGCUCCGACCGACAUGCAUAGUCCAGCCGAGAACUGGAGCCGACGUGGCUACGGCUCUCAAUGCCCUUUCCAACGCCGGCCAGGCCUUUGCUGUCCGAGCCGGUGGUUAUACCAACAGGGUCGGCAGCAACAACAUCGACGGCGGAAUCACUAUCGACCUGGGUCUCCUAGCAUUUGUCGACUACAACCAUGAGACCGAGACGGCGUUCUUGGGUCCCGGUGCCAAGUGGCAGAACGUAUACGACGAGCUGGAGAAUCAUGGACGUUUCAUCGGUGGGGCGCGGGUGGGCAAUUUAGGCGUCGGCGGCUUCCUACUCGGAGGUGGGCUGUCAUACUACUCUGGUCACUGCGGAUUUGCCUGCGACCAGAUCGCAGGCUACGACGUCGCUUUGAGCAACGGCAAGAUCAUCCAUGCGAACAAACAAGAAAAUGGGGACCUCUUCCAAGCCCUCAAGGGGGGCAGCAACAGCUUUGGCAUUGUAACACGCUUUGCCAUCAAGACAUACCCUAUACGAGGCCCACUGUGGGGCGGCGUAGCAUUGAGACCUGCUGAUAUUGUGCCACAAGCUUCGGAGGCAUUGGAAAGCUUCACUGCGAAGGUUGUCGACGACCUUGCAAGCAGCGUCAUCUUUGUUGCAAUCUAUAAACCCGACUUGGGUGGAGACGGGUUUCUGACGAUGUGUUUCAACACAGCCGGGGUGGAAAAGCCCAAAGCUUUUGACGAUUUCAUGUCUUUGCCUGAGACUUUCAGUAGCUACAAGACUGGGAAGUUACAAGACAUGCUUCCAUUCUCGGAGCUGCCUCUGGGCUACUACAACAUUUGGUACACCCUGACUUUCAAGAAUGACGCCAGCAUUGUUGCCAAGGCCUCCGAGCUACUCUACCAACUAGCAAGAGACCUCCAGGGGCACAUCCCAAGCAACGAGUUCAACACGCACUGUGCAUUUCAGCCAAUUCCCCGUCUUUAUACUGAAAGGUCUCUGGAGUCAGGCGGUAAUAUUCUGGGUCUUGACGCCUACCCGCAUGACGCCAUCCUGCUACAGGCGAGUGCAAGCGUCAAGACGGCUGAGUUGGCCGAAUGGGUGCGUCCCCGCGUGGAAGGUCUCGUGAGCGCCGUCAGAGAUUUCGCUGGAGACGAUCGUCUCUGCCCUUGGAUCUAUCUCAAUUACGCCCAUAGUAGCCAGGAGGUGUUUGAGAGCUACGGACCUGAGAAUGUUAGCAGGAUCAGGGAUGUCGCAAAGAAGUACGACCCGGAGGGUGUAUUCCAGCGGCUUUGCCCUGGUGGAUUCAAAGUUGAAUUUGUGGAUAGCCAGUGA